AUGAGUAAUGCAAAAGAACCUGACAAUAUUAAAUGUCAGGAAAAUGAAAUAUUUCUACCAGUUGCAUCAUAUAGAUGUAGUAAAGAAAUUUUUGGAAGAACAAUAUAUCUAAAUUGUCCAGAAGCAGGAGAUUCUCCAGAUAAAAAGUAUUGUUGCGGAACAGAGAAAAUUCGUUAUUGUUGUAAUACUGAAGAAUUUGCCAAGACAAUAAAUGCCAUUGGACUUAUAAUUGGUGUUCUUAUAUCUGCAAUUGUUGUUAUUGUUGUCAUUGUAGUUGUAUCAUGCUUUUGCUGCAGUUGUUGCUUGUUGGCAAAACGUCGACAACAAAGAGGAAGAGUAUUGUAUGGACCUACAACAACAAGUACUACUACAACUGUACCUUAUCCAACCCAGACAACUAGUUCUUAUCCAACACAAACAACUGGACCUUAUCCAAGUCAAACAGCUGGUUCUUAUCCAAGUCAGACAAAUGCUCCUUACCCUAGCCAGACAAAUACUCCUUACCCCAACCAGACAAGUGCUCCCUAUCCAAGUCAAACAACUGGUCCUUAUCCAGCUCAUUAUCCUUAUCCACCUCAACAAUAUCCUCCACAAUAUCCACCUCAGCAGUUUCCAUCAUCAGGAUAUCAAGGAUUUCCAUCUGCUAAUAAUCCUCCACCUUACUCUAGUAUUGAACAACCACCAUUUAAUCCAGAUUAUUCUGGUAAAUGAUUAUUAGAUUCAAUAUUUGCCAAAUAUACAAUUUAUUCUAGCUGUAUUUGUUAAUCUUUUUCAAUAAAAUAUUUUUCAUUUGUAUUUGUUUUUUAAAUAUUGGAAUUUAAAAUGCUCUUUGGUAAUUGAUGUCUUCUUGUCAAUAUUCAAUUUUUUAGAACUUAUUCAAACUGAAUGUUGUCUUAUUUAAUUUGUUUGUCCCUAUUUUCUUUAUAUAUAUUAGAAUCUCUAUAUUAAGUUCUUGUUGUGAUCCAUGCCUUGUAAAUUGAUUCUCUUCCUCACUGUGCAUUUUGACUUCACAAUAGAUGUAAAGUAAAUGCCAUAUUUAUCUUGUUACUUUAAAUUUGUUGAAUUUUAACAGUAAUUUAUGUAUAUUUGAUAUGUAGUAUAAUAUAGAUUUUAUAAUGGUAAAAUAUUUAAAAAUUAAGAUUUAACUUUCUCAAAAUCUUAAGCAUUAUAUAAAAAUUUGUAAGUGUGUAAUUUUAAAUCAAAAGAACAAAGAGAAUUUAAAUUAUUUGCACACAAUUUUAAAAAAACAUAUAAGAUCUAUACUAUUAGUGUUAUAUUGUAUUACUAAAAAUUUAAUAAUACAGCUAAUUUCUAUAAAAAAGAAAAAUGAGUGCUUUAUAAACGAGUUAGAACGAUUUUCAAAACAUUUAAAGAUAAAAGUAUGUAGAUUUUAAACAGAUUAGAUUGUAUUAUUAAAUUAUUAGUAUAUACGACGCCUGUAUUCUAAUUAUAGAAGAUUGUGUAAACUAAAAUAUAUCUUAAAUCGAACUGAAAUCAAAGAAAAUUUUAUUGACUCAGGUAUUGACUGUUUGUUUUUGUUAAGUACUGCUUUACUGUGAAGAAAAACAGUGAACAUAUGAAAUUAACUAAUAUUUAGAUUAAUGUAUGCUAAUAAUAAUUGAUGCCAAACAUUAAUCCAGUUUGUGAAAUUUAUUGUAUAUUUUAAAAUUUUAAUGUGUUAACUUUUAAGCAUGAUUAUAUAAUAAAUG